UCACCGCCCACAUCGGCCGCCACAGCCUGGAAUCGCGCGACCACCAUGUCCACAACACCGACCCCGUACAAGCCGUCGCCGCUCUCCUUCAACAGCGCGCGCACCUCGCCCUUCCGCCGCCCCAGCACGCUUGCACAGUCGCCCGGAAACUCGCCGUCCACCGCCCGCCCGACCACGCCCAGCAGCUCGCCGCUCAAGCCGACACCAGACAACACCCCUCUGCAGACACCUGCACCCUUGCGCAAGCCCGCCGCAAGCAAUGCGUCCCAGAGACCGCCUUCGUGGCUGAACACGCGUGGAACCUCGCUCGAGCCGGAGAUUCCCAAAUCGCCGUCGCGUCAAGUAUCCACGUCCACCCAGCACACCAUCCGAGCUUCGAAUACCGCCUCGAUUGCAGCACGCUUCGAUGGCGGAGCGAGCGCGCCUCCGCUCGAGCGGACCACCAGCAGAGAGCUCCCCGUGGAGCGACCCUUCGAGCGCACCUCCAGCAAGGACCAUUUGCCUGCCUUGUCUCGGCCCGCCAACAUAGAUUUCCCCCCGCCGCUGCAACCAACACCCCGACCAGCCAUGGCCCCGCGAACAAACUCCACCGACGCCCUGGCCAGGAUCCCGCCUCCGCUUCUCCACAGCAUGCGCGAGUCGUUUAGCGUCAUGGACCGCGACAACAGUGGCUUCGUAGAUGCAGCAGAUGUUGCAGAGAUGCUCUCACAGCUCGGCCUCAGCGCCACGCCGUCUACGCUUAGUUCGCACUUUUCGGAUGGUGCCAAAAACAUCAAUCUGGCCACGUACCUCAACACACUUUCGGAUCUGCUUUCUGGGCUCUCGCAUCCAAACGAGCUGAAUGCGGCCUUUGAGGCCUUUGAUGACGGGGAUGACGGUCAGAUUGAUCUCGGCGAGCUGAAAGAUGCUCUGCUCCACACGGCGCCCGAGCCUGGCGAGCGCAAGCUUACCGAACGCGAGAUUGACAUGGUUGUGGAAGGCUUUAGUGGCCGGAGGGCCUUUGGUAAGGGUGCAAAGGGACUCGGACGAGGCGAGGUGUUCAGGUAUCAGGAGUUCGUGGCUAGUGUCACAGGCGGUGGCAGCGCCGAGAAUGGAGGCGGCGCGGCCGCACCUGCUUAAGGUAGGGAACGUAUGUUAAUGCUGCAUCGGGACGGCGUUUGGAAGAUUAAUGAGGGCAUGGAGUUGGUUUCAGGGGUGCCAUUGCGGCACAGGAGUAUCGAUGAAUAACCAACAUAGCAAGCAGCAAUAGGGAGAUUGGACAUCCUCACAAUGCACACAUGAAGUCUAGUUGAGUGUGAUUCAAUGUGUACCCUUGGAAGAUGAA